GCACUUUACUGUGAAUUGUAAAGACAACGUAGUAUGUUAUGUCGUACGCUACCAGGUCUGUUGUUCUUUUACUUGUUUCUUCUUACGUCGUUCGUGAAAACCGACAAACAGACAUCUCGAGGAACUCCGUGUCCUACUAGACUAUGUCGUGCAGAAGAGCGACGACAUGGUAGGUGUCGAGAAAAAUGUGCUUCUUCUGCUGUGCAAGCUGACAGUUUGACGGUGAAGGGAAGAGUCGCUAGAGCUCCACCGGAAGACAGGGCUUGCCUGAAGCCUAAUCAUUUUUAUCCUCUAACUUCUAAAGGUGUGCCUCAGUGUAAUGCUUUCAAAUUCAUUCCUGACUGUAGAUUAAAACGAGCAAAAUCAAACUUAUCAACACUUGCAAGUCCACCUUCUAAUUUGAAGGUUACUUUUUCAAGAGGUCCAAACAUUGCUGGAAUUGUGUCUUGGACUAAUCCCUCUGAUGGAUUGUUUGAAGGUGUUCAGAUCAGAGUUUAUGACAAUGAGGAUGGUGGCAGUCAAAUGAGAAUGUGCUUAGAGAUUACAUAUAGCAAUAUUAGCAACAAUAAUCAGGUGACAAGCUGUAAAUUGGAUAAAAGUCUAAUGGUUUGGAAAUCUGAUGGCAGCUACACACUAACGAUGAACUCUAUGCCAUCACCUUCUAAUUGCUAUCAGAAGCCCAAUGUGAGUGAAAUCAUCUUGUCUCCAGCCUGUGAUGCUGCAACAAAACAUGUGGACCCAACAACAUGCUUUUCUCCAGGUACAACAGCCAUAACAUCAACACAAGGGAUGACAACAACUCAAGGGAUGAAAACAACUGAAGGGAGGAAAACAACUCAAGAGACAUCUCAAACAGUCACUAGUACUAGUUAUCUAGUGUUUAGUAAUAUUUCAACACGUGCCACACCACAUGCUGAAGACACACAGUUGAGCAUACUCAUUGCUCCCUUGGUUUCUGGUGUAUUUGUACUCAUUUCCAUUGUCAUUAUUAUGCUGACUUUUGUGUUUGUUCGAAAAAGAUGGCGUCUAACCAAACAGCAAUUUGUUACAUGGAGUAAUGAUACCAGUGAUGCUACUACUUCAACAACAGCAACUAACUAUCAAACGGAGUCCUGCAAUGCUGCUGGAGGCCAAAAUCAUUUAAACCGAUCGACAAAUAGAAAUUGUGCAGUAGCAAUAUCAAGUUCCGGUAAUGCAUCCUUUCCUAGAGACUCAUCCAGUGAUUAUAACAAAGUACAAAACAUUUGUUCAUCUCAAGCAGCCGUUGAAAUUCAUCAUAAAAUAGGUGAAUUUUCAUGUGAUUUAUUUACAAGCAACAAUGUACCAAGAGUCUUACUUGUAUAUUCAACAUCAAACGAUAACAAUGCAAGAGAAUGUCGUAGUAUAUGUAAAAUGCUGAGGACUGAUUAUGGCAUCAAUGUUACAUCUCAUGAGUUUGAUGAGGAUGAGGCAAGGAAGAAUAUCCCAAACUGGGCAGAUCAGCACACAAAACGUGCAGACUUUAUUGUUUUUGUGUGCACCAGGGAGCUGAAGGCAGACUUUGAUUGUCGUGAUGGCCGAGGAUUUGGAGACUCACAACUUCUGCGCAAUCUGUGUCAUUUUAUUGAAGGCAUGUACACCAACAGUCGGGCAAUGGCAGAAGCAAAAUGCAUUCCUGUCUUGUUAAAGCAAGAGGAUGCGGACUUUGUGCCUGCUAUUAUGGAGACGUCAGCAAUUUACUGCUGGAAAACACAGAAAGAACAAAUUAUUCGUCUCCUCACAGCUAAGGAAUAAAGAAAAAUUUCAAGUAAAGAUGUAUAGUUUAGAAAUUUAUUGAUCAAUUACAAUUGCAAGAUACAGUGUUACAUUACUCAAAAAAUUAAGUACAACAAGAAUAUUGAUUGGUGUUAGACUGCGUGUAAAUUACUGCAGAAGGAUCUAGAUAAUAUAGGCAAUCAAAUAAAUAAUGGUAGGGACAAUUACAGCAUGUGCCUUGUAGUUAGCCUUGUUGGCAGCUACUUUCUUAUAUAUACAUGUACUCAACUUACAUGACAAAAAGGUUUGCAGACUUGAGGUGGACUAAACAACAUUUGAGAAUGUUUCAAGUUGCAUAACUUGGGAAUUUGUCUUUUAUCUAUAUAUUUCGACGAAUUCCACACACACACACACACACACACACACACACACACACACACACACACACACACACGCACGCACGCACGCA